CUCAGCCUGCCUGCCAGCCAGCAAUGCCGCCGCGGCGGGCGAUCGAUGUCCGGAAGGUCGACAGCGGCGCCGCUCCCAAGUGGCGCAUGUCGCUGCUGGAGAGCACCUUCACUCCCUUUCUGCAGUCUCCCGGCGCCGGCGCCGACGCUGCAGCGAAGGCCGUGUUCGCGGAGGGAUCCCUGUUCAGCCCCUACCUGUUCGGUAAGUUCUUCGACCCGGCCGACGCCUUCCCGCUGUGGGAGUUCGAGUCGGAGGUGCUGCUCGCCGCGCUCCGGCGCGGCUGCAGAACCACCGUCGACUGGGCCGAGACGGACUGCGAGUAUUACCUCAGAGCUGAUAUACCAGGUGGAAGGAAGUGCGACGUGGAGGUGAGCAGCGACGGCGCGCGGGUGGUGGACGUGAGCGGGCUGUGGCGCGCGCCGCCGGCGGACGGCCGGGACUGGCGCGCCGGCAGGUGGUGGGAGCACGGCUUCGUGCGGCGCGUGGAGCUGCCGGAGGACGCGGACGGCGCCAGGGUGGAGGCCUACUUCGACGACGGUGACGGGUCGCUCGAGAUCAGGGUCCCCAAGAGGAAGGGCGACCAAGCCGCCGCCUCCUGAGAGAAUCAGAACCUCGC